CUUCCUGGCAGAGUACACUCCGAAGGCGGAAGUUUGUGUGCCGGAGGCAGCGAAGCGGAGCUGAGGUGUUGCUAGCGUUGCCUGCGGCGCUUCCGGGUCCCUGCUCCACUCUCGGGAGGCGGAGGCGGGAACCUGAAACCAUGGCUGUGAGGCUGCUGCGGAGUCUGACAGGGUCCGGAGGCUGAUUUUGCGACGCCUGUCUGCGGGUCCCCUGAUCCCGGUUUAGGGUUAUCUAGGGUCGCGCCGUCCCGGCCCCUAGACCCUCAAAAUGACCGCCGCCUCCACCUCCAAGUGGGGGCUGGUCACGAACGUCGUAAACAGCAUAGUGGGGGUCAGCGUACUCACCAUGCCUUUCUGCUUCAAACAGUGUGGCAUUGUCCUGGGGGCCCUGCUCCUGGUCUUCUGCUCCUGGAUGACGCACCAGUCUUGCAUGUUCUUGGUGAAGUCGGCCAGCUUGAGCAAGAGGAGAACCUAUGCCGGCCUGGCAUUCCACGCCUACGGCAAGGCUGGGAAGAUGCUGGUGGAGACCAGCAUGAUUGGGCUGAUGCUGGGAUCCUGCAUUACCUUCUAUGUCGUGAUUGGUGACUUGGGGUCCAACUUCUUUGCUCCGCUGCUUGGAUUACAGGUAACCAGGACCUUCCGUGUAUUCCUGCUCUUUGCAGUAUCCCUGUGCAUCGUCCUCCCACUCAGCCUGCAGAGAAACAUGAUGGCCUCCAUCCAGUCCUUCAGUGCCAUGGCACUCCUCUUCUACACUGUCUUCAUGUUUGUGAUUGUGCUGUCCUCUUUUAAGCAUGGCCUCUUUAGUGGGCAGUGGCUGCAGCGGGUCAGCUACAUUCGCUGGGAAGGCGUUUUCCGCUGUGUCCCCAUCUUUGGCAUGUCCUUUGCCUGUCAGUCCCAGGUCCUGCCCACCUACGACAGCCUGGAUGAGCCAUCAGUGAAGACCAUGAGUUCCAUAUUUGCCUCCUCCCUCAACGUGGUCACCGCCUUCUAUGUCAUGGUGGGGUUUUUUGGUUACGUCAGCUUCACUGAUGCCACCACAGGCAACGUGCUGAUACACUUCCCCUCCAACCUGGUGACAGAGAUGAUCCGAGUGGGCUUUGUGAUGUCUGUGGCUGUCGGCUUCCCCAUGAUGAUUCUGCCCUGCAGACAGGCCUUGAACACACUGCUAUUUGAGCAGCAGCAAAAAGACGGAACCUUUGCUGCAGGAGGGUACAUGCCCCCACUCCGGUUUAAAGUCCUCACCCUCUCGGUGGUGUUCGGAACCAUGGUCGGUGGCGUCAUGAUCCCCAAUGUGGAAACCAUCCUUGGCUUCACAGGAGCAACGAUGGGGAGCCUCAUCUGCUUCAUCUGCCCGGCUCUGAUCUAUAAGAAAGCCCACAAGAAUGCCCCCUCAGCCCAGGUGGUGCUCUGGGUCGGCCUGGGCAUCCUAGUGGUCAGCACACUCACCACCCUGUCUGUGAGCGAAGAAGCUCCUCUGGACUUGACGCAAGGAGCUCGCAGCGGCCAGCGAGGAGAUGCCGAGGGCGCGAUGAAGGUGGAGGCAGCCCGGCUAUCAGUCCAGGAUCCCGUUGUAGUCAUGGCUGAGGAUAGCCAAGAGAAGCUAAAGCCAGCAGAGGACAAAGAGGUCCUGGAGCAGGCCCAGAUUAAGGGGCCAGUGGAUGUGCCUGGAGGGGACACUCCCAAGGAGAAGCAGGAAGCUGCACAGCUGGAUCGCCCAGGUCAAGGUAUUGCUGUCCCUAUGGGCGAGGCCCAUCGCCACGAGCCUCCCAUCCCUCAUGAUAAAGUGGUGGUGGAUGAAGGCCAGGACCAAGAAGGGCCAGAGGAGAAAAAGCCACCUCCCAAGCUCCCAGAUGAAGGAGACCCUGCAGGCAGGGGGCAGGGGGCACCACUUCUGCCUGAGUCAGAGAAGAAGCAGGACCCUGAGAGGGGAGAGGAAGGAAAGAGACCUGAGCAAGUCCUGGCAGUAGGGGAAAUUGAACGUCCUCAGAAGAUUCCAGAAGCAAAUGGUCAGCCACCUGUCCAGCCUAGGAAGGAAGAUUCCAGACCAGGAAAUAGGGAUCUGCAUCCAGUUCCCCAGGCCAGGGUCUCUGUGGAGCUGAAUGAUCUGGUGGCAGGUGAAGGCAAGGAGUCUGCACAGAAGGCUGGAGGGGCCCCGUGGAAGCCCAUGGAGAGUGCCGUGGAGAGCAAUAUUGGUGGGAAGGCGGGCCUCGCUGUACAAAGGCCGGAGGCUGCAGAGCAGAGGGAGAAGAACGAGGCUGAGCAACCGGGUGGAGACCAAGCAGGGAGCAAGUUGGAAGAAGCUGGGAGGGCAGAGAUGCUGGACCAUGCUGUACUGCUACAGGUGAUCAAAGAGCAGCAGGUUCAGCAGAAGCGCCUCUUGGACCAGCAGGAGAAGCUGCUUGCAGUGAUUGAGGAGCAGCACAAGGAGAUCCGGCAGCAGCGACAGGAGGGUGAGGAGGACAAGCCUAAGCCUGACAUGCAGCCAGAGCCUGGGGCGGCUGUACUCAGAGGACAGGAAGAGGAGGCUGAGCAUGCUGGGGCCCCAGAUGAGCAUGCUGGGGAGACACUGGAAGAUAACCCUUCACAGCCUUUGCAACCUGUGCUUGGAGCUCCUAGGGGUCACCCUGCUCCAUCCCAAGACAAGGGCCAGCACCCUCUGGAGGAAGUCAAGGUACUGGCAGGCAGAGACCUUGCUGACCUUCCUGCUGGUGGUUCUGACACAGAGCCCCAUGGGGCUUCAAGUAAGCUGAGAGAAGACCAAAAAGGUGCUGCCCUCAAGGUGGCUGAAGCUGUGAGGAAGCUGGUCCCAGGGGACUUGGAACCAGUGCACAAGCCAGACCCUGCUGAGGUGCCCAAGAGUCCAGAGAAGCAGCUUGCCAAGGAGGUUGCCAGGCAGCGCCAAGAUGUCUUUGGUGAAGGUUCCCAAGAAAGGAAGGAAACUGGAAAGGAUGCAGUGGCCCCUGGUGCUGAUACUCAGAAAGAGGCUGCCCAGCCUUUAGUGGGGGCAGAAGCUGAGGACUCUCACUCAAAAUCCAGGCACUCAGAACCCACCAAGGUCCCAGCUAGUGGGCCAGCAGGUAUGGGCUUUCAGGCCCAAGCCAGGUUUCGGCAAGAACCCCAGGUCAUCUUUGACAAAAGUCAGGAUUCUCACCCAGAGGUAAGAAGUGAGGGCCCCCGAGGGGUUGGCAUCCCUGCUGAGGAGCAGCACAGAGGAAGAGGGGCUGCCGCUAUGCAAGAGGAAAAGCAGAGACCAGAUCCGAAUUCUGGGCCCAAACUAGCUGUGCCUGGGGAUCAGAAGCCUGAGAAUGCCAAACCUAACAGAGACCUGAAAGUGCAGGCUGGCUCUGACCUGCGGAGGAGACGGCGGGAUCUCGCCUCUCCUCCAGAGCAGGAGCUGGCUCCAAAGGAUGGAGUCAUCAUUAGCUUUAACUCCCUCCCUAACGUACAGGUGAACGACCUCCGCAGUGCUCUGGACACCCAGCUCCGCCAGGCUGCAGGGGCCGCAUUACAGGUGGUGCACAGCCGGCAGAUUAAACAGUUGUCUGGAGACCUGGAGGAAGCCUGAGAACCUGGUCAGGGGAAGGCUGCUGCUAGACAUUGGACGGCAGGCAGCCGGUGUCCUCUGGCGACACCCUGACUGGAGGCCAUGUUGUUAUGUUCCCAAGUCCUUCAUGAUGAAUUGCGAAAGUCUACCCUGCCACCCAACCCUAGGCAUCUGUCCCUCUGUGGCUUCACUUGCCCCAAGGCCACACCAAAGCACGCACUGGCCCUAGUAUGGUGGGUCUUGAACCAGCCCAGGAGAAGCAGUGCUACAUACAGUUCAGCUCCAGUGAUGCACUGCGGCACCUCGGCUGUUCAGACUCAGUCUGGCAGUGCUGACAGCAAGGCAGGCAACUUUGAAGUUGCCAGUCUUCAUCUAACUUGCAACCUGUGACAGCCAGAUUCCACUGACUAGAUAAAUUCCAUGUUCUCCAUAGAAGGAAACCUGCAUCAGGGAUGUCUGUCUGCCUUGGGGUGGGUAGGACUUGACUUGGGUUGGGAAAGGAGGCACACAGCCCUCCUGGUUUUUAUCAUCCACAUUCUUUGAACCUGAUUAUGAAGCAAAAAAUAAAACACCACUAACAAGUAGUGAGUCAAGUUGGUUUACCUAAAGGAAAACACAUUCAGGAUCCUGGAUGAUACCAAACCAGCUAGAGGCUAGAGGUCAUGGGGAUACACGCCCCAGCCGUCUUCCUGAACCAGCUGAGUGCUGCUGGGGAAGCAACAGGCAACAGGCCCCCGUGCUGAUCCCUGUUGUAGGGAGGGGUUGGACAAUGAGCACAGGCUUGCCACCAGCAAGCCCUGGGAUGUAUCUACACGGCUUUAGGCUCAGAGUAGAGCUGCCCUCUGUCCAACUGCAGCUGUCAGGGUAGUGUCCUGGGAGUCAGAGCAGGAAGUCAUGACUGUUGUCUUUGAGCAGAGAAUACUUGAUAUGUUUUGUCACUCACUCCCUUGCCCAGUAAGGAGACUGAGGGACAACAGCCUGGUUUGUCCCCAAGCCCUGCCGUGAAGGGCCUGGAAGCACCAGGAGCCUCAGUGGAAUCAUACUUGGACCAGGCCACACCCUAUUGUGUACCUGCUGCACCUCUUGAAAUGUAUUUUAUUACAGUUUAUUUUUUUUUAAUUUA